AGUAUUAUACGAUUUAAUUUAUUUUUUGACGGAAUAUUUUUUUAAUAACGUUGAAUAUAGUUUGCUGUUUUUCUAUUUGGACACGCAACGUAACUUUUAGAAUUUAAAACUUCUUUGGAAAACUAUUAAUUUUAAAAAAAAAUUUGAGUUUGAAAGAAAAAAAUUUAUGGUAUAUCCAUUAAAAUAUUAAAAUUACCAUGUCCACCAAUUUGCGACAAAUCCCCUUAACAUGCAGCGGACACACAAGACCUGUCGUUCAUUUAGAUUUUAGUGAUGUUACGGACAGUGGAUAUUUCUUAAUAUCAGCUUGUAAAGAUGGGAAUCCAAUGCUUCGACAGGGUGACACUGGCGAUUGGAUUGGAACUUUUGAAGGUCACAAGGGUGCAGUUUGGGGCGUAGCAUUAAAUAGAAAUGCCACUUUGGCAGCAUCAGGUGCAGCAGAUUUUUCUGGAAAAGUUUGGAAUGCAGUUACUGGAGCUGAAGUUCAUAACUUUCAGCAUAAACAUAUUGUUAAGACCGUAGCAUUUGAUAGGGGUAGUGAAAAUUUAGUUACAGGAAGUAACGAAAAAUUACUAAGAGUUUUCAACUUGGUGAAUUUGGUAGAUGACACUGAAAUUUAUACUGGUCAUACGGGGGCUAUUAAACGUGCUUUAUUUUGUCGCAAUGACAAAUGUAUUGUUAGUGCUGCUGAUGACAAAACGGUUCGUUUAUGGGAUCGAUUAACUGGAAGUGAAAUACAACGAAUAGAUUUUGUAAAUAACCCCAACAGUCUCGAAUUAUCGUCUGAUAAAAAUACAUUAAUUAUAACCCAUGGAUCAAGUAUUAGCUUUUGGGAAAUUGAUCCUUUAAAGAAAUUAAAAGAAAUCAAAGUUCCAACAAAUGUUGCAUCAGCAAGCUUACAUCCUGAUAAACAUAUUUUUGUUUGUGGCGGGGAAGAUUUCAAGAUGUACAAGUUUGAUUAUAUAACAGGCAAUGAAAUCGAAUCGUUCAAAGGUCAUUUUGGGCCUGUGCAUGCUGUGAAAUUUAGCCCAGAUGGCGAAUUGUAUGCCAGUGGAUCUGAAGAUGGGACAUUACGCCUAUGGCAAACUAUUGUUGGAAAAACAUAUGGACUAUGGAAAUGCACUGAACCUGGAGAAAUAAACAAUGCAAUAUCAUCGCCAAGAGAAGUCCAUGCUAACUAAACAUCACUGCCUUAAACGUUGAAUUUUGAUUUCUAAAAAGGAUUGUAUUUCUACUAAUUUCCUUUUUACAUAUACAUACAUACCUACAUACAUAUUCUUUUUUGAAGUUUAAAUUUAUAAAAAUUCAUUUAUAUUGAGAUGGAAAGCUUCUAGCUUGAUAAAAUUCUCAAGUAAAAAUCAAAAUUGCAUUGGUGACCAUUUUUUAGGGACACUUUAUUCAUUUAAAGGCUCAGUAAACUAAAAUCUCGUCAAUAUUUAUUUGUACAAGUGCAAAAUAAGCUUUAGCUAGAAACGGAAUAAUGUCUAAUAUUCAUUUUAAAAAACACUUAAAUUACAAGCUUUCAUAUUUUUAAUAUCACUACCAUACUUAGUAUUAAAAUAAAUGAUAUUAAUUUUUGGUUAUUUUGAUAAUUUAAGAAUCUUAUAAAUUUUAGUUAAUCCUUUCAAAUAUUAUGGUCACAAAUUACAUUUUUGAUUGUGUAUUUUAUAUAAGAUAAAAUUUUUGAUAAUUGAGGGCAUUUUAAAAAGUGCAGCCAAGGAAAAUCGACAUUUAAUUGGGUAAUCACCUGAGAGAAUCGGAUAAUCAACAAAAAUUAAAAAAAGUGAAUAUAUUUUUGAGUGUAUUUUCUUAAAUCACCAAAUGAAUCAAACGAAAAAAUAACUUGCAUUUGGGAUAUUGAAUGUAAAGAAAAAUUUUAAUACAAUAAAAAUUUUUUGAAUGUAAA